AUGUCGAGCUUGCCGUACCUCUCAACGGCGAGGUCGACAGCGCGGGCCACGUCAUCCUCCUUUGUGACGUCGCCGUGGAGGAAACAGGCGGAGGCACCACCUCCGAGGGACUGGCAGACCCGCUGGCCGCGGUCGUCCUGGAUGUCGAGGACGCAGACCUUCGCCCCGUGGCUCCAGAAUAGCCUGGUGAUUCUCUUGCCGAUACCGGAUGCACCACCCGUGAUCAGCGCCACCUUGCCUUCCAGGCUUCAGAGGACGCAUCAAGUAAACAGAAAAAAUUGA